CUGCUUGUUCAAGUACUACUCACUACUACUACAAAAGUGUUGUAAUGAUCGUAUCUCCCAGCCUUUCUUGUUAGUCACCUUGCUUGACGUGUGCAAUCUCUCCUACUCCUAGUGUGUUUCUUGUAUAAAGAUCUGAAUUGCCGGAAAGGAACUGUCUGCAUCAGCCUGACUGCUGUAUUUAUUUGGUCCUUGGUCUGCGCGAAAACGAGGUCAAUCAAUACCGUCUCACUUGUCUCUUCCCAAAAGUACAAGCAACAAACUUUGAUAUGGAUACGACUCCCGGUAUGUUCAUGGGCAUAUCAACCUGGAUGAGAGGCCGCGUUGUGAGAACCAGUUCCGACGGCACACCCAGUACCGGCACCCCAAGUCGCGCAAAAUCCAGUUUAAGUACUGACAGCAUUCCCCAUGCUACUUGUUCGCCCUCUCCGUCACAAUACGAUGUCCCCGGAGCUGUCGGGACGACCUUUAUGGGCGACGAGUCGCUGGACUUCGUACGCAAUCCGGUAGAGUUUGUGCAGGAGAAAUGCCGACAGUAUGGACCGGUGUUCAAAUUGCGGAUCAUGAAUAAAGGUACAGUCGUAGUAGCCUCGAACGAUGCAGUCAAGGAGAUGCUUGAAGAGAGGUACGAUUGCUACUCCAUCGGUUUUCUCGAUCACAUGAAGGACAUCUUCGGUGAAAACAUUCUGUUCGCAGAUGGGGAUGAACUGGUGCGUUUAAGAACAGCAAUUCAGCCCUUCUUCACGCGGGAGUCUGUCGAGAAGUGCAUGCCAACACUCAAACAGAUAAUUAAUAACUGCAUUCCAAAAAUUACGCCUGGCUCUCCCAUUGUAUUAUAUGAGCUGUUCAAGCGGCUGUCGACAGAGCUCUCGCUCGCUCUCUUCCUCGGCAUGGAUCUGGAGGAGAUCGAGUCGUUGGUUGAUCACGUGAUAGAGCUUGGAAAAAGUCACUGGCAUGGCUUCGUCUCCGUCCCUCUCAAGUUUGUGCCGUCGUUUCUUGGGUCGGGCUAUGCGCAGAGCAUCGAUGCUAAAACCGAGCUGCUCAAGUUCAUCCAUGAUCGGAUUGAGGCGGGUAAACUGAAGAUAUCAGGCAGUGAUGACUUCUCGGGAUUCCAGGACAUUGACGAAGCAGCACGCCACGUCCUCGUCUUCAUAUCGGCACUGAUACCCAAAGCAUUUGGUUCUCUGCUAACGUCGUUCUGCCUGGAGACAGCGGCACGAAGAGAUAUCCUGCAAAAGUGUGUGGAUGAUGACAGCUUUCUCGACGACACACUCUUAGAGGUGUCUCGCCUGUGGCCGCCUUUCCUCGGAAGUCGCCGCAUCACUAAACAAGAGCAUGCUAUUCAAGGGCACACAAUACCGAAGGGCAUGCCUGUCUUGUACAUCACUCAUGCUGCCAAUCAUGAUCCGACAGUGUUUGCAUCUCCCGAUGAGUUCAUUCCACAGCGGUGGGCAGAAGACAAUCGCAAUGACCGGGAUCGUGUCUUCACUCUGGGCAGUGGAGGACGAGAGUGCAUUGGCAAAGUUCUCGCUCAGCUUCUGUUCAAGGAAUGCGCCAGGUCCCUCGCUGAGCACUGGACUUGGGAGCUACCCGACGGCCAGUCACUGCAGUACAAGUGGCUGCCCGUGUCUCGACCCAGUACCGACGUUGUAGCGUUAUUCACGCCACGCUAGCCCGCAGUGUCCGCCCUACCCAUCUACCCAUCUCCAACCAGACAAUGUACGUCGCUGUGUUUAGUCCUGCUGACGAGUGGAGGGGCACGUGUGAUCUGCAUGGCCACCUUGCCCCCCGGUUAGGCUGAAUUCCGUGUUGCAAGUUCUGGCCGCCUUGCCCCGCGGUUCCACUCAGUGUAACUUAGUAGUGUACUAUGGCCAUGCAUGACCCAGCCGCUGCAGCGACUGCUGCUCAACUGAAACUACGAGUAGCGCUUAUAGCGGUUUGCGCCGUGUUCUAGCAACCACCGAAGGGGUUCGUAGUCAAGAUGCCGCUCCGGGUGUACCUUUCGAAGUCAGUUGCCGGCAGGCUGAAUGUCCGUCCGUUCUUUCUUGCUGUGGCAACUGUGCUUUCACGUUUACCACCCGUGGACGUCGUUAGAUCACGCACUUCUGUGUGCUGCACAUGCCUAUUCUAGGCAGUUCUAUCUUGAGUACCGUGCUACUCAGGGUGGUGUGAUGUUUUUUAACGUUUUUGUUACAUGACAAGCGAGUAUUGUUCCUUGACUAACGGUGGUCUUGGACGUGGUCGUUUCCUCGCCCUUGUAUCAUCUGCCUUUCAUUAACUCUAUUUAUUCGUUUUUACUCCCGAUUAUUAUUGUUUUUAUUUUAAUAAUAUAUCGCCACGUACUGUACGACAAGUAUCAUUCUGAAAAUAAGGUAGCAAGUGUCAUAGUUUUGCAAACUCCACCCGCGCAUCACUGUACACUGUGUGUUCUUAGCCAAUCCGCUUGGUGAAUAGUCAGUCAAGGGAGCCAGUCUAGCAACCUGCUUUGAAUGCCACUUGUUUGUUCUUGUUUUUGGCAUGUGCCUGUCCCCCGCCCCCCGCCGACUUAUCCUUUGGGUGCACAAAAUGCUGCACUAUUUUCAGUUCUGGAGUACCACAGCCAUGCUGUGCUCUACUCGUAUCGUCAUGACGACAGUUGUAUAAUUAUUAUAUUCAUGUACACAUUUCAAAUCAAUUAUUUGCGUAAAUUUACGCUUUAUACUGCCCUUUUUUUUAAAACUGUACUGUCUUGGCGCAUGGCGCGCGUUUGACUGGCUCCAAUUCACUAGUAUCCUUUGCGAGACCGAGAAUGGAUACAAUGAAACUUCAGAAGAAGAACAAA